UGUGCGCACAGUAUCGCAUUGGCUGUGAACUGAAAAGCAGCUUUUGGAUUGUGUGUCUUGAUGAGUUUUGAUAUUAAAAAUGUGCUAAAAAAAUGUUUGCCUUAAGUUCUUUCAUCAAACCGAAAAUAAUCACUAGAAAAUUUAAGCUGGAAAAUCAAGUAUUUAAUACCAUGUAAAAUCGUUGCAAAGAACUCGAGCGAUAACGAGGAAUAAACGUGUAAAAAAACUUUUUUUUUUAUUCUAUCGAAAGCGUGAAAUUUGAAAACUUUACAUGCGCGAAAUCGAUCGCCGACAUUCAAAACAGAAGUGCUGAAAAAUACUCACAUAAUAAUGAAUACUAAUCGGACCAUAUGGAAGUUUGUAUGUGUAGUAGUGGGAUGUGUAGGAGUAGUGUUUAACUUGAUUUUGUUUUAUCUAUGGAAAUAUGACAUCGACGCUUUAAAGACUGAAUCGCACAAAUUUUAUGUAGCUUCGGCCAUAAAUUUGAUGGCAGGUAUUAUCUGGUUUUGUGGAAUUUGGAAGAAUAAAACAGCAUUAAUGGCAACAUCCUUAUGCUGGUGGUCGUUGCAAUUGAGCCUUUGGCUCUUUGUCAUUUUGAUCUACUUAAUUAUAAUCGUAUGUCGGAAAUUUGACCAAAGGCUCAAGUAUGAUGGAUAUAUUCGUGACAUCGUAGAUGUAUAUAAUGUUGAUGAUGCCAUGGCUGUUCGUGGAACAGCGUUUCAUGUGAGUUUUUAUCUGAUAGCUGUAAUUUGCUAUGCAAAAUUAAAAGAUGCUAUUCAAAAACACCGAUUGAAAGUUCCGAGAGCGAGUGUUGUUUAUACAGCAGCCCCGACAGAAUGGUGAUCCUGGGCGGUCCUGAGUAAAACAUUACACAUAUACUUUUAAUGUAAACAAUAAACGAGUUCGACUUACUGCCAGGCGAUGUGCAGUUCUCACUAUAGAAGUCUAUUUGAAAGGACAAUGUACUUUGGUAUAAGCAUAAAUACUGCAUGGCAUGGUGUGACAGUCAAAUUUUCUAGCAUAAACUUCAAUUAUCUGUAAAUAGAUUUAUUGAAAUAAAAUUUAUAAGUAAAUGCCAAA